AUGUUUUCUUGAAGGAUAUAGGUAACCUAUUUUAGAUUCCAAAUGGAUCAAGAUUUUCUUGAUUUAUUCGAAUCCGAUGACGAAGAAUUAUUUGAGGUGAUCUAUCGUCGACCUAAUAUGAUAAGACCUCGAAUAAAUAAUAUUGACAAAUGGAGCGACGACGAAUUUAGAAGAAGAUUUAGAUUGAGUAAACCGGUAGUAUUGGAAUUAUUGACUCAUAUUGAAUGUCGACUGCAACAUAGAACAAAUAGAAACAAUGCUAUUGCUCCAAUUGAGCAAUUAUUAAUAACUCUAAGAUUCUUUGCCACUGGUUCAUUUUAUAUAGCGGUAGGAGAUUUAACUGGUAUACAUAAAACUACUGUUGGAAAGAUUAUAGAACGAGUAUGUACUUCCCUCAUCGCUAUAAGAGAGCGGUAUAUAUACUUACCACGGAAUGACAACGAAAUAAGGCAAACGCAGCAAAAGUUUUAUGAAAUAGCACGCUUUCCUCGAAUAAUCGGAGCUCUUGACUGCACGCAUGUCAAAAUACAAUCUCCUGGAGGAGACAGUGCGGAGAAUUUUAGAUGCCGCAAAGGCUAUUUUUCUAUAAAUGUACAAGCCGUAUGUAACGCUUCACAAAUCAUUACCGACAUUGUUGCUCGUUGGCCGGGUGCUUCACAUGAUAGUACUGUGUUCAACAAUUCAUCUUUGCAUAUGCGCCUAGAAAAUAAUGAAUUUGAUCAUGGUAUUAUAUUAGGUGAUGGUGGUUAUCCGUUGCGACAGUACUUAAUCACACCAUUGGCUGAUCCACAAACUGAAGCCGAAAGAUUGUUUAACGAAGCUCAAAUAAGAACCAGGAAUGUAAUAGAGAGAACAUUCGGAGUGUGGAAACGAAGAUUUCCCGUCUUGUCUGUUGGUAUGCGGUGUAAGCUUCAUCUUGUUCAACAGACAAUUGUAGCAACAGCUGUCUUGCACAACAUAGCUGUGUUAAACAAUGACAUUGAAUUUUCCGAAGAGGGGCCCAUUGAUGAACAAGAUGUUGUACUUGGUGAUGUAAAUCCAGUAGAAAGGAAUGAUGUAAAUAAUGAGCAAGUUAGAAGAGAUUUAAUCGAUUAUUUCGGCACUUUAUUAUAA